AUGCCUGAUAUGUACAAGAAUGUUGUACGAGUUUCCAUCCUGCCCUACAGCCCACACACGAAUAUCAGGCGCGGCCCCAAUGGCGAGUACCUUCUGAACGGUACGGUGGGAAACGUCUUCAACGCCCUGGUCCAAGCGCUCCAUUUCAAUUACACUAUCGCUCUACCUCCGGAGGUGACCACAGGAAGUCCUCGGGCUGACGGCUCCUGGACGGGGUGCAUGGGUAUGCUACAUCGAAAUGAGAGUGACCUGGCCAUGGGACCAUUUUUUCCAGCCUCGGAACGCCUGGAGAUCGCUAAGCCUUCGACUGUGUUCUACAUGGAGGAACUGCGCAUCUUGGCGGGUCGCGAGAGCUCGCAACAGAGCAGCGUCUUUGGAUAUAUCAUGGCUUUCGACUGGAUGGUGUGGAUGUUCCUCAGCGUAGCUUUGAUUAUCGUGUCCGUGGUGACUGCACUGCUCAACCACGUGCAAGCCUACAAGUCCCAGAAGAGAAUGUCCUUUAUCCGGAGCAUUACCGAUGCAACGUGGAUGUACGUGGAGAACCUUUUCCUAGAAGCAACGGCGGAACCUGUUCGAGGAGGAGCUCAACGUCUGCUAAGCGCAGUCUGGUGGCUGGCCACAUUGGUGCUGAUGAACGCCUUCUGUGGACACAUGCGUGCUUGCCUCAUGAUCAAGUCUGAAGUGCGAAAGAUCGAGAGCGCCGAAGACCUUGUAGACCGACCACAGACGGUGCCAUAUAUGUGGCUUGGAACAUCGUAUGUGGCAACUGUAGCUAAUUCGACCAAUCCAGAUCAGCGCCGAAUCGGCCGCACCAUCCGAGAGAGAGGCACAGCUGUUCCGGUGCAGGAGCUCUACGGCAGGGCCCUCCUGGAAAAGGUGGCUCAAGGACGUGCUGCCAUAAUCAGCGACGCGACGUCUCUAGCUUUCCAGGUGUCAUCCAAGUGCCAAGACUUCGUGGGCGCCGAAUACUACAUGGCCCGCGAGGGACUUGUGUCUCAUCCUCUAAACAGCUUCGCUCGCAAGGACAUCGACCCCGAGCUGUUCAAAAACAUCAACAAAAUCAUUCGACGACUUCUCGAAGCCGGACUGGUCAACUACUGGUGGGGCAUCGCCAUGGGCGACAUGGGUCCCUGUGGAGGGGGCUCGUCUGCGUCUUCGGGUCCGGAAGAGGCGUCCACGCUGACCUUCGACGACGUGCUGGGAGUGUUCGUGUUGUGGCUCGCGUGCGUCGCCGCCUCCUGCGUCGCUCUCCUAGCCGAAACGAGCAUGCCGGGUAACCUAAACCAGGCUCACCGAACGUCCGGGGACGCCGUUGCAGUGUUCAAUCGGAAGGACGAGAGUUUCCCUCGCGAGGAAAUCAGUGACGUCACGGUGGUGCUGAAAAGACUGACGCAGGGUGGUGUUCUUGCUUCGUCACUGGUGAAGCAACUCUUGUCAAACAUGGUGCCUUGCACGGUCGUUCCCGAGCAUUCGGAGACUGCGAAAUCUGCGAUCUCACCAAAUCUCGUGCUCAGUGGCGAGCCCGAUGACCGGGUCGUCUACACCGAGGAGCUUCCUGGUGCUUCCGGUCAUCCGGCUGAGAUUUCGACACCACGUGCCGAAGAUGUGGUCCCAAAGCCGUGUACCUUCGCCGGAGCCGCCGGUGACGGCACUUCCGCGACGACAGAAACGAAACUUGGCUUCGAAGUCGAUGCAAGCGCGGAUGCUCCCCAAGAUGGCGUCACGGCGGCGCAAGCGUCUGGACCAUACUGGGCGCCAUCACUGUGGGUAACAGUUCCUCGCGGCGCUUCCACCAUCACCGACUACGUAACGGUGAACGUAGUCCAGAAUCCCAUGCAAGUGGUCUUCCAAGUGGAGCCAAACAUCGUCGUGUGCAACGGCCUGUGGCCCACGGGGCUGGACUACAGCCAGUUCCACUAUCAUGAGGACAAUGCCCCCUCUGAGAAGCGUAGACUUACCCGGUCGGUGCGCAACGCCAGACGCAAGCGCGCACAACGUCGCGCAUACAAGCUCGCCUCAGGAGAGGACGAGUCUGGCUGCGAGGCCGACUCUGAGCCGUCGACGAGCGAGGGCGAGAAAGGUGAUGACGACGAUGACAAUGGAAAUGAACAGAUGGCAUCCCUCAGUUUGUGGUAG